GGGAUGAUGUUUACUUUAUAGUUGGCCCUACAGCUUCUAAUGUCGUUAGAUGUGUUAACUACGUUUUACAAAUCACAAUUGGAAUUGUAAGAAAUAUCGGCAUAUCGGAGACGCUACUUUUCUCAUUCUUGUCGAGUUUCUUGCAUUUAGUAUCUGGGAUCUGCCUGGGUACUGUCACCUUGCGAGAAUUAGCAGUUUUUCUCAGCCAGCUUAGGUCUGCUACUGACUGUACUACAGUACUGUACCAAUACUACUAGCUGUAAGCUGGACAAACUAUCAACACAAGAGAAGGGGAGAUGUUUAAGGCAAAAAUUAUUUUAAUUGGACCUAGUGAGUCUGGAAAAACCGUUCUAGCCAACUUUCUCUCUGACACGGUAGAGACAAUUGGAGGUGAAUACAGUCCUACUCAAGGUGUCAGGAUACUGGAAUUUGAAUCUCAGAUUGAGGGAAGUGGUGAUAAAUCAUCACUCUGUGAGGUGGAACUUUGGGACUGUGCUGGAGAUUUCAAGUUUGAGUCAUGCUGGCCGGCUUUGUUGAAAGACUCCAAUGGUGUGGUUAUAGUAUUCAACCCAGAUGUGCAACGCCACCUAAUGGAAGUAGAAACAUGGCACUCCAUGUUCAUCUCUUCACAGGGGCUGCAUGAUAACCAGUGUCUACUGAUGGCCCAUCAUAAGCCUGGAAGUGGUACAGAUAACGGACGUCCUGACCUAGCCUCACAUUUGAACAGGUUGCCACUUAUUCACACAAACUUGGAGGAAGAUCCAGAAGCAGUACGUCGGGAGUUCCGCAGGUACUUAGACAAUGUCGUGCAGACACUGUCAGAGAGCCAGGAGCGAGAGGAGAUGUCCAUUAUCACGUAAUACUGUCCAAAAUAAGCUUCCAUCGUCAGUGGUUUGGAUUUACAACUAGUAGAUAUCCUUCCCCAACCCCCAAAGGCUGUGACUGCACAAAGCACCUAAUUUCUGUGCUUUUAUAAAUUACUAGUCAGCACAGUGAGAUUUCUCAUUUUAUGAAAUCUGUCUCAACUUCAUGUAUGCCACAUCAACUCACAAGUUUAAGUAAAAAUGUAAUUGUCAGCACUUGGAUAUGUUGUGUACAUACACACUUUACAUGUCAACAUAUUUUCCACAAAUCUGUCAAGAGGGAACAAAUGUUUCAAUAAACAAAUGUAUAG